ACGCUCGUCGAUGCUACCGGUACUUGACCUACUCCUCCCGCCGAGCCCCGCCUCCGCUGCCUGUCCCGCGUUCUAUUUCCAUGGUUUCCCCACCGUGACUCCUUAACCAUCAUGACUUCUGUUCGAGGUGACCAUGCCCUCCAUCUCCUCCAUUAUCCUCCCAUUUUUCCCUUUACUGCUGAUUUCGCCCAUCAUGCACUCUCCGGUAGCUGACAGAAGUAUGCACCAAAUGAUAGUUCCUGAGCCAUCUAAUUCUUCGUCCCCGUCUCUGCGGUCUUCCUCCCCGGAUAGGCCUGGACUGAGAGGAGCCCGCUCCUUUUCUCGCUUGGAGCCAUCGACCUUGAAUCCUCUCUCGAAAUUACAGACGGAACUCACAAUCCCGGAGGUUUCGGAUGCACCCUCGGCCGCUUCGUCGAUUUCCAAACUUGAGGAAAGCGAGGAUGACGAAGGCCCUCCGCUGCCUUUGCCGGAUGGGUUCAAUGAUCUCCCUAUUGAGCUUCUUAGUCUGACAGAUCGGUAGGUGUUUUCCCCCGCUUUCACGCAUGCUGUAAACUGUGGUACUGAGUCUAGGGGAUGGCUAUUGAGAAAUAUUAGUUUUAUAGACUCCUUAUCUAUGAAAAUCCAUCCGACGCCUUUGGCGGUUGCGCAGCUUACGGAGCUCUUUCAGCAGUUUUACGUUACGGCGUUUCAGCAUGUCGAUACCCACGUCUCGCAUUCUUACCUUUCUUUGGCAUCCAAGAAGCCGCGGACAUCCCCUGCAGCUUCCAAGAAUCCAACCCAGAUGCUCUCUAUCAGCGAGAUUUCUCAGAAGAAAAGGGACCGCAGGCUUUUAGAAGCCAAGCGAUCGGCUCUUGAAGAAGCCGUGGAGAGAAGGAUUACCGAGGGCAUUUACGAUCGUAUCUGGAGACAUCAGAGCACGGAUGAUGAAGCUCGGGACGAAAGUUUGAGGAGUAAGAUGGCAGCUCUGAAUGUGGUCGGUGUCAAACUGGGCCAUUUGGGAGUUGAGUUGGAGGGUGCGGUGGGUGAUAUUGAAGAUGAAUUACGACCAGCGGUGGAAGCUUUGGCUGGAAUGAACAACCUAAAGUUUCCCCUUGGAAAGCUUUUAUCUUUGAAGAAAUCUCAUAAGGCUAUUGUUGGUUCGAUAUCCUGCUUCUAUUUCUAUUGUUUGACUGAAUUUUCGUCUAAUGUGUCUAUCCGUAGAUUGGCUAUCGACCCAUAACUCCUCCUCUUCGGCAGAUUUUAUCCUGCCAACGCUCAUUUAUACCCUGAUCAUUUCACCACCGACUCAGGACUUCAAUAUUAUAUCCGACCUCUUUUUCAUUCAAAGAUUUCGUGCGAAGAAGGCGAUUGACGGGGAGGCUGCCUAUUGUUUGACUAAUCUUGAAGCCGCUAUCUCAUUCCUUGAAACGGUUGAUCUAGCUACCUUGAAGGUUGACGAUGAGAACCCCCCGAAGCAACAAUAUAAUCCCAGUCGGAGCAGAAGUCCGAUGACCUCUCGCUCGCUGACACCUGAUAUGCCUUUCACACCGGUCGGCGAUCCACUGGCUAACUUAUCCGAAAAGCUUGCGAUAGCUCACGUGGCCGCUGCAUCAGCUGCCACUUCGGCACCCCAGAGUACUGCUACAAGAGCAAUCGGGUCUAAUCCCUCUGCUUCCUCCUCAACCGCAUCCUUGCAGCCAUUAGCACCGGGAAGCGCAGCGACGAGGAGGUUGUCCUAUCUUACUCCGAUUGAUCUUGCCACAAGCGCCGCUACAAGUGCCGUGAGCACCGCAGAUCAGGGCAUCAGGGGCAUCGGCAAUACCCUGGAAAGCAGCUACAAGUUUUUGUUUGGCAAGAUGGAAAAGCGGGGAGAGGAGUUGCCGAAAACCUUGGAGGAUGCUAGGAGGCUUGUGGAUUCGCCGGCUACAGGGAAUUUGGAACAGCAGCAAGAGAGGGCACAAGCGACUAUUGCUGCUUCGGAGUUGGGUACGGACGGGGGAACUUCGAUGGGCAACAUGAAGAGGGUUGGAAGUGCUACGAGUAUUAUGAGUAAUCAGAGCGGUAAAAAGGCCGAAGAGAAGGAACAGAGUGCUGGUGGGCUUCGUGGAGCAGCCGCGAUACCCGCGGCGGUGGCUGUGGAUAAACUAGAAACUGUGAUGAAUUUGGGGACUUCGCUCGGGAGAUUUGCUGUGAGGGGGUUUUCACGAAGCUCGACGCCUACAACACCCUCUACGAACACAGAUUCUGCACUUGCUGGUAUGAGAGCGCUGGGUGCUGCGAGCCAGGAGAAUGCGCAUAAAGGGCAUAAGCGUGAUGAUAGCGCUCCGGUUGUAGAUCUGUUGAGCGUAUGUUAAUUUCUUCUUACCUUGUACCAUAGAGUGUUUGCUAAUAGCUGAAACAGACGUUCCCGGAUCUAGCGAACUCCUUAAAGUCACAGCAGUCAAAGGCGGCGGUAAUGAGUCCGCCCCCUGUUGCAAGGUUUUUGGAGGUAGAGGACCCGGGUGACCUGAAAAUCAGCGAGGUAGCGGAGCUAUUGAAGGACUAUCGGAGAUUGGUGGAGGAGUUGAGGGUUAGGGGUGCCGUUGAAUAGCGCUAGACUGGAGAGACCGAAUUCGCGGGCAAGGGUUCGGGUGGGUCUUUUUAUUAUUAUUUGUUAGAUGGAGUUGCAUGGGUUAGCUUUAGGAUUCUUGUACAGAGUAUUGUAGGGUGGAAAAUGUCCUUUACGGGUAUCAUACCCCUUGGAUUUUUUGUUGAUUGGUAAUUACUGUGCUGGAG